AUGGCGGAAGAGCUAGGACGAGAGGCCGGGGGGAGGUCGCGCAUAGAAGACCUGGAAAGGCCACAACUCGACGAUCGCUCCUACCGAAUCAUCACUCUACCAAAUCAACUAGAGGUCCUAUUGAUACACGAGGCGGGGACGGACAAGGCUAGUGCGGCGCUGGAUGUCAAUGUGGGCAGCUUCAGCGAUGCGCCGGAUAUGCCGGGUAUCGCGCACGCGGUGGAACAUCUGCUGUUCAUGGGGACUGAGAAGUACCCAGAGGAGAACGCCUACAACCAAUAUCUGACACGCCACGGCGGGUAUUCGAAUGCCUUCACAGCCUCUACCUCAACCAACUACUACUUUGAGCUUUCAUACCCUUCCUCCACACCUGCGAGCAGCCAAACCGCAUCGCCAGACGUGUCACAAACUAAUCUGUCAGAGUCCAAGGACGAGUCGCCGCUAUGGGGAGGGCUGGACCGCUUCGGCCAGUUCUUCAUCAGUCCUCUGUUCUUGGAAGACACGGUCGAUCGCGAGCUCAAGGCUGUGGACUCAGAGAAUAAGAAGAACCUCCAAAAUGAUACCUGGCGGAUGCAUCAGCUUAACAAGGCAUUGGCCAAUCCAGAUCAUCCCUACAACCAUUUCUCGACCGGAAGCUACAAGACCCUCCAUGACGAGCCCAUAGCACGAGGCGUGAAGAUUCGAGACGAGUUUAUCAAGUUUCACUCAACGCACUAUUCUGCAAACCGGAUGAAGUUAGUCGUCCUAGGCCGAGAGAGCCUUGACACACUGGAAACAUGGGUGGAGGAGAUCUUCGCUAAAGUCCCGAACAAGAACCUUGGACAAAAUCGAUGGGAUAUGCCCGUUUACACUGGGAAUGAACUGUUGACACAGACGUUUGCCAGACCGGUCUUGGAAUCACGGUCGUUAGAGCUUACAUUCGCCUAUCGCGAUGAAGAGAAGUUUUACGAGUCACAUCCUUCAAGAUACCUUAGUCACUUGCUCGGUCACGAAGGUCCCGGUAGCAUCCUUGCACACAUCAAAGCAAAGGGCUGGGCGAACGGACUUGGUGCUGGAGGCUCUACCCUAUGCCCUGGCUCAGGGCUGUUCACUGUCAAUAUCAAAUUGACCGAGGAGGGGCUCAAGAAUUACAAAGAGGUUGCCAAGCUUGUCUUCCAAUACAUCGGAUUGAUGCGCGAUCAGCCACCUCUCGAAUGGGUAGUCGAGGAGCAAAUGCGGAUCAGUGAAGUGGAGUUCCGAUUUAAGCAAAAGAGCCCACCUAGCCGCACUGCCAGUGGUCUCGCCGGUAUCAUGCAGAGGCCUUACGACCGCAAGAUGCUUCUAAGCGGUCCAGCCAUCAUCAAGAAGUUCGAUGCCCAGCUGAUCAGUGAGGCUAUGUCCUACCUUCGACCAGACAACUUCAGGAUGACGAUCAUUAGUCAAGAUUUCCCAGGUGGAUGGGAUCAAAAGGAAAAGUGGUAUGGAACAGAGCACAAGGUCGAAAAUAUGCCAGAAGACUUCCUUGCCGAGAUCAGACAAGCAUUCGAGAGCAAGAGCCGGCCGGCAGAGCUACACUUCCCGCACAAGAAUGAGUUCAUCCCGACCCGGCUCGAAGUAGAGAAGAAAGAGGUUGAACAGCCGACCAAGGAGCCGAAGCUCAUCCGCCACGACGACAACGUGCGCAUCUGGUGGAAGAAGGAUGAUCAGUUCUGGGUACCCAAGGCUAACGUUCAUAUCUACUUCCGAACACCCAUCACCAGCAUCACAGCUCGUAUCACGUUAUUGUGCACGCUCUAUCGUGAGCUUGUAAAUGACGCUCUAGUGGAGUAUUCCUACGACGCCGACCUAUCCGGUUUGGUCUACGACUUCACCAACCACAUCAGUGGCCUUUCGAUUACCGUCAGCGGCUACAACGACAAGUUGCACGUAUUGCUGGAGAAGGUCUUACUGCAAGUACGGGAUCUUGAAGUAUCAGAAGAUCGUUUCAGGAUCAUUCACGACCGUAUGCUUCGUUCUCUACGCAACUGGGAGUACGGGCAGCCUUUCCAUCAGGUUGGGACAUACUCUCGGCAAUUCAAGAGUGAGAAGAGCGUAAUGAACGACGAACUUCUUCCAGAGCUUGAGAACGUGACGGCUCAGGACGUACAGCAGUUCUUCCCGCAAAUCCUGGCGCAAUGUCAAAUCGAGGUUUUGGCACAUGGCAACCUAUACAAGGAGGAAGCUCUGAAGAUUACUGAUCUAGUAGAACGCACUAUAAAGCCAAGGAGACUGCCAUCGAAUCAGUUACCUACACGCCGGGGACUCAUCUGGCCAUCCGGCAGUAACUUCAUCUACGAGAAACAACUAAAAGAUCCCCAAAACGUCAAUCACUGCAUCGAAUAUAGCUUAUAUGCCGGUCACCGUUACGACAGCGUCACGCGCGCCAAGCUCCUGCUUCUUGGGCAGAUGACGGACGAGCCGUGUUUCAAUCAACUUCGUACCAUUGAGCAGCUUGGCUAUGUCGUGUUCUCUGGCCCUAGCUUCCACGACAUUUGGUCAGGAUAUCGCAUUCUCAUCCAGAGUGAGAAAGAUUGUCGGUACCUUGAAGGUCGCAUCGAGAACUUCCUCAACACGUUCGAGCAGACACUAAACGACAUGAAUGAGGAAGACUUUGAGAGUCACAAGCGUGCGAUGAUUAACAAGAGGCUCGCGAAACUGAAGAAUCUAUCGUCGGAGGACAAUAGGUUCUGGAAUCACAUUUACAGUGAUUCGUAUGAUUUCCUGCAAGCCGAUGUUGAUGCUGCGACUAUCGAGAAGCUUACCAAGAAGGACAUGGUAGACUUCUACAGUCACUACAUCUCGACUUCAUCCUCUCAACGAUCCAAACUCUCAGUACAUCUACAAGCGCAAGCCAAGGCCAAGGAGCCCUCGCUCGAGGAGAAGAAGACUGCCGCCGCCGCUGCGCUCAAAAUCAUUCUCGCCGAACACAAGAUCACAACCAAUAACGAAGCUUUCGAGGGGCGCAUCAAGGACGCAUCGUCCAAUGCGGCUAUCUCAGAUGCAGUUGCCAGCCACCUCACUGACAAUCUCAAGAUCGAGAAGGAAGUCGCUAACAAGAUCCUCGACGAAGCAAAGGCUGCAUUAGGUGUAGCAGAUUCAGGUCUGCCGGCCGCGCCUCAGGCCCUAGAUACGAGUGCAGAUGUCAAGAGCGUAGUGGAUGCUUCACAGCCUGUUCUUAUCGAGGAUGUGCAUGCUUGGAAGGCGAGUAUGCAAGUCAGCACCGGUGUUCGACCGGUGCGAAACUUGGAAGACUUCGUCGAGGUUGCUGAGAAGCUGUGA